AUGAAGAAAAAGCAUGAUGCUAUUGUUUAUGAACUUAAAGAAGUUCUGAAUCUUCUCAAAGUAACAAAUUGUUGCAAAUCACUGUGGGUGAAACCGUACUCUCAGAAGGCAUACAUGACCCGACUUGUGAGCUCCCAGCAGGUUUCAGCCAUGUCAACAGAUCCAGAUCACAAUCCACCUUCUCAGCCCAAGGAGAAUAAUAUUGGCCAGAACCAUCACCAGGAGGAAAUAAUCCACAGGUUAGCCAUGCAGCUGAGAAGCAUUGGAGAUAGCAUCAAUCACAGGCUGGUACAAGAGGAUCUCCAACAGGAAGCCAGAGAUGCACUGGCUCAUUUUGUCUUACUUUUCUUUGGAGGAAUUGAUGCAUUGCUGCACUUUCUCUGGAAUAACCAUUUGAUGUAAAUGGAAGGCAAACAUGGAAUUGUUUUCCCUCUGAGAAACAUGAAUCCCAUGGGAAUAGAUGGGAAGAAGGCCCUUCCCCACACCCCUCUUCUUACCCAUCACUGAUGGCUUGCGGCUGGUGUGUUGGAGUGCUAUGGCCUCAUUGGCUCUGGGGUGCCCAAGGGGUUUUGGGAACCCGGGAGGCCUUGCCAGGUAGAGAACACCAGCACCGUGGCUGGCCCAGUGCUUCUUGUAAGGAAACUUUGAGCAUUUACUUCCAUGAGUGAAAAGGAACCUUGUCCUCAAACCAGAGGUCAAGAAAUGGGUGCUUUUUCCUGGACCUCUCCUGGUUGUUAGACCCUCCCAACUGUUGGCCCCCCUCUUGUUCUGUGUCCCGAUAUUCAGGGCCCUGUUCUCCUUUUACCUUUCUCUCUACCUCAUAUGCCCUCUCCCCACAUUUAUAAGUAUUACAAAUAUUGAGAAAGUUUGUUGUUAUAAAUUAAAUUAUAAGUUGUAUAUAUGCAUUUUGAGUUCUUUGUAGGAAAAUGUCACUUAAAAACUAAUAAUUUAAAAAAUGAAAUAAAUAUUGUUAUUUUAUUGA